AUGGCCGAAGCUUCUAGUGAAGAUGUAGACUCUAAUACCAAUGCUCCAGUUUCCGUUCCAAUCAAUUAUCCAGGCCCAAGAUCUGAUGUUCGUUAUCCACUAAAUACACAAUAUUGCGGCGAAUGUACUCUGCCACUCGAAUAUUGCGAAUAUGGACCUGACCCUGAACGAUGUCGUGAAUGGCUUGAACGAACAUUACCAGAUUUAUUAAAUCAAAUGCAAGCUUCAGGUUCUGGAGAUGAUAAGGGCGGUGAAAAGAAAAGACAAACUCGCGGCGGUAAAGGCAUGCCAAAAGGAAAGAAGAAAAGUGAAGCUCAAAAAAUUAUACUUAAUAAACAGCAAAGAAAAGGAAAUAAAUUUGUCACUAUUGUUCAAGGUCUCGCUUCUAAUGAAGUUGAUAUAGAAUUAGCACGGAAGUUUUUUGCACAAAAGUUUUCAUGUGGUUGUUCGAAGUCGGGCGAUGAUGAAUUAACAAUACAAGGUGAUGUUGUUAGUGAACUUAUUGAUUUGCUGCCAGAAAAAUGGAAUCAGAUUAAUCCUGAAUUAAUUGAAGAUAAAUCUUGA